GUGUAGUAGCAGUUGUACUACACUACAAAUAGUUAGUACUACUUCAUCACAAGAAAUGGAGGAGGUGAUGGAGGAUGGAGCAGGCAAUGCAGCAGCAGCAGCCGCCAUGGCUGAGAAGCUGGUGUACCCACCGGCUCUUCUCUCCCACGAGGAGGUCGCCAUGGACAGAGCAGCCUUCAUGGACACUCUCAGGCGCUUCCACUCCUUCAUGGGCACCAAGUUCAUGAUCCCAGUGAUUGGAGGCAAGGAGCUGGACCUGCAUGCUCUCUAUGUGGAGGUCACCAGCAGAGGUGGCCUCGCAAAGGUGAUGGAGGAGAGGAAAUGGCGGGAGGUGAUGGCGCGGUUCAGGUUCUCGCCGACGACGACGAGCGCCUCCUACGUGCUGAGGAGGUACUACCUCAGCCUGCUCCACCACUACGAGCAGGUCUACUUCUUCAGAGCCCAUGGCGCGCUCCUCCCCCCUGCAGCGUCGGCGCUGACGAAGACGCCGAGGAGGAUGGUGAGAGGAAGAAGCUCCGAUCAGCCGGCGGCGGCGGCGGUGGCGCCGGAGACCGGGAAGAGAGCGGCGCUCCCGGAGCGGCUUGGCGGAGAGCCCUGCAGCUUCAGCGUGACCGGAUCGAUCGACGGCAAGUUCGAGCACGGCUACUUCGUCACCGUCAAGAUCGCCGGCGAGACGCUGCGAGGGGUGCUCUACCGCGUGGUGGAGCCACCGCCACCUCCACCACCUCCUCCGGCGUCAGCGCCACCCGCCACCGCGCCGCUCUUCUCAGCACUACCUCCGCCGCCACCCAGCAACGGCGGCGCGCCCUCGAGGAGCCGCCGGCGGCGAGGGCGGCGGCAGCGCGACCCGGCGCAGCCGAAGCCGAGCAGGAGCGGCUACAACCUCUUCUUCAAGGAGAAGCACCCGGAGCUGAAGGCGAUCCACCCGCACAGGGAGAGAGACUAUAGCAAGAUGAUCGGCGACGCCUGGAACCACCUCGCCGCCGACGACAAGAUGGUUUACUACAGGUGCAGUGCAAAGGACAAGGAGAGGUACAAGAUGGAGAUGCAGGAGUACAACGACAGGCUCAAGCUUGCGCCGUCAACAAUGGCUGGAUCAGCUGAAUGAUAAGGGCACAAGCAGAGUACUUACUGGAGCAGUUGACAGUUGACAGCAACAACAGUUAGAGCAGCUAAUUAGUUUAGCCAUGAUGGCCAGAAGAAAAACACCCCUGAUUUACCUACUUAUAAAUCUGCAUAUCAUGCCAAUUAGAUGUAGCUGGUAACAAUAGUUGGAUGACCAAGUAGACUGAACUACUGUUGCAGUCUGAUCUGUUCCAAUGAAGCUUCUCCCGUUUUUGGUUUCAAUUGAAGGGAAACAAAUGGUAUGUGACUAAGAUUAGCUAGUUGCAGUGAUAUAUGCAUACAAUGUUGGCUACUGAACUUUGUUAAGACAUGGCUGUCUUGUUUUUGUCUAUGGACCUGCUCAAAUGGAGCAGCAUGAAAUCUAUGCACAACAGGCCUCUGCUUGCUUGAUUCUCAA